AUGAAGAAAUUUUAUGCAAUAUUUUUUUUAAUAUGCACAUCCACCGCUGAUUUUUCCAAUGUUUGCGACCCUAAUUGGCAUUCGUUGGAAACGUUAGAAACCGCCAAAGUGGAGUGUGGACCAUCUUUUGAAAAUCGUUGCUAUUGCAUGAGGACAUGCUACGAGAAUCACCAUCAGUAUGUCGUUAAUUGUACUGAAUCAGGAUUUCAUAACGCGGCGCCGUUAUCGCACUUGCCGAACGAUACACAAGUACUUAUUUUUACCGGGAACAAUCUCGGAGAGCUUCCAUGGAACGUAUUCGGCACACUGGAUAGUUUACCUCACUUAAGAGUGAUAGAUAUGUCUAACAAUAAAAUAAGAGAAAUUCGAGGGAAGGCAUACCAUCACGUCCAACACGUCGAGCGACUUAUUUUAGAUUUCAACGAAUUAUCGUUGGAUCCUGCAAGAAGUCAUCCCAGGGUAUUCUCUAAUUUCGUCUCCCUCUUGGAACUCCAUUUAACUGACGCCUUCGAGGAUGGUCCACCAAGAGAUCUUGCAGCGACACUGCAUGAUAUUUUUGUCAAUAGUAAUUUAACGCAACUGAUAAAGCUGCAUUUGGAACAAAAUGAAAUAUCAGAAUUUCGGGACAGUAAUGUAUUCUGCGAUCUCCCGAAUCUUUUGGACCUUUAUCUCGGCGAUAAUGCACUUACCGCUUUGCAUUUUAAUAUAUCCUGUCUCCACAAAUUACGUUUCUUGGAUCUUCAACGAAAUAAGUUCACAAAAGUGGUCGAUCAUGAUCUGCACGCUAUGGACACGCUUAUCAAGCAUAAUCAAAGCAUAGCUGUAGAUUUCACUGGAAAUCCAUUUGUGUGUUCGUGCAAAUUAAAUCCCUUUAUAAAGUGGAUGAGGAAGACAAAAGUGUUCGUUCGUAAUAAAGACAAUUUGAAAUGUUUUGAAGGUGAAAUACAUCAUGAAAUACAUGAAACAAAGAACUGUACGCCGAAAUUGUUCUCAUCAACUCCACGCAGUGCAAUUGUUCUGCUCUUUUUCCUCUGUAUGGUGUUAAUAGGACUGGUGUGCGCUUUAAUUUAUCUACAGCGCACGAAAUUACAAAAGAAUAUUGAGCCUAUAUUAGAUUCGGUGAACAAAAGGGUACGAUACACCUCGAUAGCAACUGGUGAUACUCGAGAAGAUUUAUGAAUGAAAUGAAAACGUUCUUCGAUUAAGAACUAACAAAGAAGAGAUUUAACGCUAAUUAAACUCGCUCUUUAGUUAAAAUUGUCAAUCAUUUUUAAACUCUCGAGAAGUUCCAUUCUUUUUUAUUAUAUAACACACAAGUACAUAAUUUCAUUUUUGUCAUAAGUAAUUUAAAAUAUAAUAAGGUAUGUUUAACAAUGUAAUGAGGCAUUAAUAUUUAUAAUGCAAUAUGUGGUGAUUAAUUUAGAAGUAAAAAAAGGGAUAGAACCAUCACUGAAUAUUCUUACAAGCUAUUUGUUACGACAUUAACACGCUAAAUUUAUUAACUUAAUAAUUAUAAACGAAGAACAUGUAAUUUUGAUAUUGUUAUUGUCUCGAGUAUGUCUAGUACCGAAUAAAUGUUAUAUAUAUUUAUA